AUGGAUAUCCUCGGUUACGAUCAGGGUCUGCCUGAUCUUGACCUCCCCAAGAAUAACGACAAAGAGGCACUCGGUCAGAACACCAGCAUCCCGAUCGAUUCGCCGCAACAAUGUUCGAGCGACUUCUACUACUCAGCGCCAGUGCCUGUGACGAUACCGAAUUCUCUGAUGCCGGUACCUAGCGUUUUGCUGGAAAACCCAAUGAACCUGAUUUAUUGCCACUACUUCAUCAACUACACGGCCAACGUUCUCGUAACUCACCAGUGUCCAUCAAAUCCUUUCUCGACAAUUUUGCCGCAGCUCGCUAUGCAAGAUGAUAAUCUUUUGCGACUCUUGUUGGCAUACGCAGCAUGUCACCGAGCUCGACUUUUGCGACAUGCCGAACCCAAGAACCGCAUCGCAACGUGGGUUACACCUGUGUUCCCUUCGCUGCGUCAAGCUCUUUCCGGAAACGAGCCCAUUUCCGAUUCCGUAUUCGGAUCUUGUGUAAUGCUUGCCUCACUUACUCAGUCAUAUCCUCUGGCCUUUGAUUUGCCCAUUUCCUGGCAGGAGCAUCUGAGCUUGGCACGGCGAUUGUACAGUCUCCGUCUUAGCCAAGAAGGUCUUCAACGAACCAAUGCGACGGUAUUCUUUGGUAGAUGGUUCGCCUAUCUGGACACUUUUGGAAGCGCAAGCAGCGACACUUAUCAAGGCGCCUAUUACGAGUGGUCACGCGAGCUUAAACUGGCAGAGCAAAUUCCUGACAUACAGUGUCUGGCUGGCUUCACCACCAAGUCACUCGUCCUGUUAUCGAGGACUGCAGAACUGGCCAAACGUUGCGAUUAUGAGCGCAACUUAAAUGGCCAGCCCUCGAUUCAGACCAUCACCAUGUCUCAGCAGUUGAGAAUGAAUCUGGAGCUGUAUACCCUGGAGAUCAAGCACACACGCUAUGACUGUGCCUGCUCUGAGUCUUCGUCGUCCUCUACCGAAGUGUAUCGCGCCGUCAAUGCUGCGAUUAGCCAUGCCGCCUUGAUCUACUUGCAUCGCCGUGUGUACUUGCUUCCCUCGGAUUCUCGGUUGGUGCAGUUUUCGGUAAAUGCCAUCUUGGAAGCCUUCAACGAGUUAAAAGGAUACAAUGCGUUUGACACUCCGGAUAUCAUCUUGCCUCUCUUCCUUGCUGGCUGCGAAGCUAGAGACCCUGGUAAAGCUGUCGACGUGUUGCAGCGCCUGCAGAGUAUCGAGAAUGCCGGUAUGGGACAGGUCGUUCGUGUCAAGGCCUUGCUUCAGGAAUGCUGGGACUCUGGGAGAGACUGGACUGAGCUCAAACACAACGUUUUGCUUGGCUGA